CGGACUUAUUUGCGUACUGUAAUGAACAAAGAGAGCUAGCUAGCCACCACUAGAAAUUAAGGUUGUGUGAGGUUGUGUGUUAUCUUUAUCAUACGAGUGCGGACCGCCCUAGUGCGAAAGAGACACGCAGUACAGUUUCGGCCAUCAUAACCAUCUUUCUUUCUUGUGCAACUGUUUCUCUUCGGCCGUGUACUAGUGCAAACGCAGGAUGGACGCCAUUCGCGCGAGAUAAUUUUUUCAUCGCUCGUGAAGCGAGAUUUGAACGCGUUCAGUGCCGGGCGUGGAGCUAUGCUAUAGUGUAUCAAGUGUACGGUGCUUUCGGUCUGGCGGUGCGGUGUGGAAGUGGUUGGUGCUGGUCGGAGCCGAGGCUCGGCUGGAGGCAAGGCAGCGAGGCGAGGCGCGAGCAGCGCGAGGCAUGGCGGGCGCAAGCUGAGCGCCGGCCGCGGCCUCCGGAGGCAGGCCGCUCGUGCUCCGCCGCCGGCCCGAUGAGCGGGGCACGUUCUGCGCGGCGGAGGUUAUUUUAUGGGUAUUUGCGUGAGCUGCCGGCGCCGAGAGCGGAAGGCACCAGAGAAGCGGUCGGUGCCGGGAGCGGGCGGGCCCGCUAAGGGCACUGCGGCGGCAGAGCUGCUGCCGCGCCGCGUCGACCAACUGACAGCCAUGGCCAACUCCAUGUCCAACAUCAAAAUGACAAACCCUAUCAAGGGCAUAGUGAGCAAGCGCCGGAAGCGCUACAUCAAGGACGGAUUCAACCUGGACUUAGCCUAUAUCACAGACAGGCUGAUAGCGAUGGGCUUCCCCGCCGAGAAGUUAGAAGGAGUAUACAGGAAUCACAUAGACGAGGUGUACAGGUUUCUAGAGAAGAUGCACAAGGACCACUAUAAGAUAUACAACCUCUGCUCGGAGAGGUCUUAUGAUUCGAGCAAAUUCCACGAAAGGGUGGCGCGGUACGCGUUAGAAGACCACACGCCCCCGAACAUUGAGCUGAUUCAGCCGUUUUGUGAAGAUGUCCACAAUUGGCUGACGGCUGACUCCAGAAAUGUAGCCGCAGUGCACUGUAAAGCAGGCAAAGGACGGACGGGCACAAUGGUGUGUUGCUACUUACUGUAUAGUCGACAGAAAGCGUCGGCCGACGAAGCCCUCAAGUUCUACGGCACGAAGAGAACCCACGACGAAAAAGGCGUGACGAUCCCGUCGCAGCGUCGCUACGUGGAGUACUACGCGGCGCUGAUAACGUCGGGGCUGCAGUACUCGGCCACGAAGGUGCACAUCCGCGAGCUGGUGAUGUCGCCGCCGCCCACGCUCAACGGAGGCACGUGCUCGCCCGAGCUCACCGUGUCGCAGGCGCAGCCCUCCUUCAAGACGCCGUCGGGCUGCCACGACGUGCGGCGCGACGAGGGCGCCAUCCGCGUGUUCCUGACGCACUGCACGCCGCUCAACGGCGACGUGCGCGUCGACGUCUACAACAAGCCCAAGAUGAAGAUGCGCAAGGAGAAGCUCUUCCACUUCUGGUUCAACACCUUCUUCGUGGCCGCCGGCGUGGGGGCCGAGAGAGUACCUGCCUUGGAUGAUAGUCCAAACCUGGAGGCGUUCAAGCUGACGCUGAACAAGUGGCAGUUAGACGAGGCGCACAAGGAUAAGCAGCAUAAACACUAUAGCGCCGACUUUAAGGUGGAGCUGAUAGUGCAGAAGAUGCCGGUGACGUCACGGUUCGCGGGGACUCGAGCACGCGGCUCGGGCUCGUCGUCCUCCUCGUCCUGCUCCGAGCCCGACACCGAGCCCGACGCGCACUGGGACUCGGGGCGGUGCGAGCGCGUGGGCCGCUACCGGCCGCUGUCUCCCGACCACCCGCCGCACACGUGAAUCUACAUACUUGUGAGGUUGGCUCGUGGCCUCGGUGACCUCUCCACUUCUAUAAAUAAACCCCGCUUUCCCCACCCUACUGGCAAGGCUUGAACUCUAACACGGUGCCGAAACACUUAUAACCCUGAUCCUAGUGAUGUUUACUGAACAAGUAGUGCUCUAUGUGUGUCUAAAAUUUAACAAAAAUGAGCGGGUUGUGCCAUUGCCGCGUACCGACGGACUCUACGUACGGUUUGGAUAAACAAACGUUUUUGUGAUAAUAAUAGUGUGCUGAAUGGACUUAUGCGUCGACGUAUCGACGCUGCGGAGAUAUCGUUUCAUUUCACCCGUUUACAAGCCGUCGAAGAUAUCGACAUUAAUUCUAUGGUCACAAGGUAUGUUUCUCGUUAUAACUCUUAUGACUGAUAAGUACAUUUCUCGGUAUUUUUUUUAAUUAUAAGCUUUGGCCAUUGUCAUAGAUGUGUUUCAGUGAAUAAACAUUUUGUACUUUUUAAAUGUCAAAGACUUACAAGGAGGUUUAUAGUGUAUUCUACCGAAUUCUUAACAGACUGAAAUUAUUACCGGUCAAUCAGAUGGUUAGAAAAAGUUUUUUUUUAUAUCAAUUCAGUUGAGGAAUGGAUUCUAUUGAUGAUGGAAAAGCAAUGUGACUCGCUUGAAUAGUUCGAAAAAUAAUAUUGUCUGUUGAAUUUAUGUAAUUAGGAUUCAUUAUCAAUGUGAUGUAAAGUGGUGACGUUAUUUCUGUAUUCAAAGAAAAUGUAAUAACUAAAGUGUGUAGAGAUUUAAUUGUUCCACAGUAAAAUAGUAAUAAAAUAAACCAUAUUUCUGUUAUCCAGAACAGAGUAGUAUGAUCUAAUUGUGUCAAUAAACGUCACCAUUUCGCUGUAUUCUAGACGUACCUAGUCAAUGUCUUUGAAACGACUUGAGAGUGUAAAAAAAAUUAAGGAACCAAUUUCUAGGUGCUGUUAUUUCUUUUUAAUUUGAUAAUAAAUCAUCUUGGUUAACCGGCUUCAUAGUUAACCGAUAUAUCGAAGAGAAAUUGUCAGUUUGUUCAUACAUUGUACCAUAACGUCAGCUUCACUUAUUUUUAAGUAUUUUUUAUUGAUAAAGAAUUACAAUAUGCCGUGAGUGCGAGGCAGAUUUUCCCACCAUUUCGACUAAGUCCACUGACGGACAGUUUUUUUAUGUUUUUUUGUAUACUUUCGAAAGAUCUCACUAACUGCCGUCAUAAAUGUAAAAAUUUGUUAGGCUUGAGGUGACCACUGUGGAAUUUUUAUAGGCUAUUAAUUUGGGAAAAAAUAUCAAAUUAAUUCUUUCACAAAAAUGCAAGGCGUAAUAUUGACACAAAUGUCGCCGUUAUAACUUGAUAUUUUCGAAUCUCUCAGAUUUUGAAACAAUAUGCAAAUAAGUAAAUAUAAAAAUCCCACAGUAGACACUUUGUUAGUAGAAAAAAACCUUCUAAAAACAAGUUUGAUACUUGAUACAAUUUUAUGAAAGUAACAGAAGGCCUAGUAACCUUAAAUUUAUUGACCAUCGGCUAGUCCGUUAUCCGAAAAUAGCUGGAUCUAGUAUACAUAAUUUAGUUUUAUAAUAUUUAUUUCAAUAUACAUUUCUCGUUUUCUAUAGUGUCUGUAACAAAUCCAAAUAAAAUGGCAGUCGAGAGGAAGUAGUGGAAUUCAAACAAUAUCAUAAUACAUUGCAGAGUUUUGUCAUAGCUAGGGUGGUCACUUGUGAAAAAGUACAAAUGGAUGCAAGUACUAGGUCUUCUAAGAGAAUGGUUCUCCAUGCCAAGUGCGAGAGAGACAACACGAUUUUCGUGCGUUCGUAUGAUUUGAGAAACCUUUUCAAUGCCCACAAAAAUACUUAAGGACUGACUGAAUCUAGACUGUCAUCCAGGAAUUAGGCAGUUGGCAACACCAAAUAAAUAUCAAGUACAUCGUCAGCCAAACUGUCAGUCUAAUAUAAGAAUUACUAUGGAUGACUGAAGUUUGAUGAAAGUUAUGAAAAAUAAAGUAAAUAUCUUUAGUAGUAUGUAUGUUAAAUAUUGUAAAUUAAUAGUUUGUUGGCAUUGAAAAGGCUAAAGCCUGGAAUAUUCGAACUGAGUUGCUGAUAUGCAAUGUGUUUUUUGUGUUUUUGCAAAUUAAGUAUGUUUACUAAUAACAACAAAUGAUUGGAACUAUGGAUGGAGACUUGAUACUUUUGGACUUUGCAUGAGCUUGUAUCAGAACACCCGAAUAUACUAUUAUUAAGAAUUGCCACCAUAGAAAAAAAAAACACAAAGUUUUUAAUCUUCAUUGUAGCCAAAAAGUCAAGUCUCCAUUCCUAGGUAAAGUUACAGACGAUAUCUGUACUUUAAAAAGUUGGAUGAAAGCCGAUUUUUUUAUUUAAUUGUAAAUAUUAUUGUUACGAUACAUUAGUGGUUAAUUGAGAUCUGUUUUUAAAUAAGUAGGUUGUGUUACAACCUAGCGCCUUUAAAAAGUUUUAUCAAUUUGACAAAAGCAUAUUGAGCGUUGUCUAUGGCUGGUCCAUUUGCAAUGGAGAGAAAUUAAAAAUGUCUUUUUAAGUGUGUUGAUUUCAUUCUGUUAUUUUUAUGGGUCUUAACAUUUGUUACCUUGAUCUUAAAACUUAAACUAUCAGAUUGAAUAUUUAUAAAAUGUACCCAUAGUCUUCAUAUAUGAAUUAGCUGCCUUUUCCAACUAUGUUGGGAUCGGUUUCCAGCCAAGAAUACCACUGAAAUAAAAGGAUGAAAACAGCACCAUUUCUCGUUUAUGUUUCUAUGACGUUUAGGAGAGUUCACGGUUAUUGUGAUAUGGCUUCGUGGGCGGGCGGUGGCUCAGACCUCUUGUAAGGGAACAUUCGCUUGAACGAUGUCUUUCGCGAAGUACAAGUCCAGGAGUUACUGAUGGUUUGAGCCACAUGGAGAGUUGUUAUGACGACGGGUUUUUCAUAAAUGCCAGUAAAUUGGUGCGAGGGUUGAGAGGAUUUAGAAGUUUUAUCGGCGAAGCGAAUGGACGAAUAUUGCCUAGCUUAGGUUUUAUAUUUCCCGUGGUGACGUAUGUAUUUGCGUUGGUGAGCGGAGAUCACGCGAUGGGAAUAUCUCGUAGUUAUGGCCUAUAAGGGUAUUUGGAUACGCAGAAUGUGAGCAACGAUGGCAUUUUGGAUAAACUCGCUGAAGUUUAAUGUAGUACGUAAGCAAUGGUUACUGUAGUUAGGUUAGAUCGUGUUUAGAUAGGUUUAAAUAACGUCAUAGAAACGAACAGAGCUCCAGAAGUUCGAAAACGACAAAAAAAUAUUAUUUUGAUUCUUUUAGGCAUUACGAUUUUUAAUUUCUUAAUACGGCUAAGACGGAGUCACAUGAAGCUUCCAGUUUAAAAACGUUUUUAUUAAGUGUCAUGAAUUUGUUUUUUUUUCAUUAAUUAGUUUGUAAUUUUUUAAUUGUAUCGCUUCAGAUUUCUAGUUAUCUGUUAAGUAUGUGUACCUAUUUGGCUCAGUAAUUUUUUUUAUUCUGAAAUUUCUAUGCGUCAUUUUAACUUCCGAUUUGUAAAUAAGGAUGGUGAAAUUCUAAAUUACUGUUUUUUUUCUUUUUUUUUGUGCUAAAUUUUAUAUAAGCAGCGAAUUACAAUCUAUUUGGCGUCCGGAGGUUAAUAUACGCGUAUAUAUCAUCAAGUACAAAUUUAGAAGUUGUUAGUUUGAGCCGUCUUAGAUAGGCGGAGUGGACUAAGUCAUUAACUUAUUCUCCAAAAAAUAUUUUUUAAUGGAAAUAUUUGAAUAAACAGCCACCUCUAGUAUUAAAAUUACCCCCAUUCCAGGAAAGUGGUAGACGUUCGAAUUUUUGUUUUUUUAUUGUAUUCGCACGAAUUCGUUAUCGGUUAACCGCUCGACCUCCCCUAUCCCUUCAUCAAAGGUUUAGCUUUAAAGAUUGUUGUUUGCCUUAUAAAAAAAUGUGAUCUUAUGAGGAUUAUACUUAAAGGAUGUCGCUGUAUGUUGCGGACGUAGGCGAAUGAAUACUCAAGCUCAUUUUUGGAACCUUCUAACCGACAUCGUUGCACGGUGCGGUUCGAAGGACCAAAAAUUAGCGUACCAGAAUAUCGUCCUCACGAUAGAUUCUUUCAAACUUAAAUAUACCUCUAUAUCUUUAUAUUAUUAAAACCUUACUAGUAAUAAUUAAAACAGAUUUUUGCCAAUGUUAAUAAUGCUUUAAAACUAAAUUCGAAGCGCCUCCGUCCGCAGCAAGUAUGAAAGAAUAAUGCCUUGUUUGUAUAAUGAAUAAUAUGGUAACAUAUAAAAAGAAUAAUGAAUUAUCUAAUAUAAUAAGACUUUGACAAUGUUCGAUAGGCUCAGUAAAGAUGACUGUCAAUUGGAUACAGAGGCGAAAAGGGCUUUAUUAGGUUGAAAGUUACAAUACCAUUCACGAUGCGACUUAGCGUGAGCUUUGUCAGCAGAUGUUUCAACUGUCACAAUCACAAAUAUAAACUUUAUUCUGUAUACCGCACAGUCGAGCUUGCGAUAGUCGCAUCGUAAAUGGGAUCUUCAAAUGGGAAUUAGGAAGCGAAACUUAAAUUGGUCCUUUUAUUA